GAUGGUUUUGUUUUGUAUGAGGAGCUCUGGCUUUUCCAGGGCUUUUCCCAGGGUCAGGCUACUUUUAGUCAGAGCUCUAUGGAAAAGGAAGUGAAGGAUUUAGUCUACGUGUUGUGUAUGUGUACAGUAGUUGUUUACUGUAGCUAAGCAGGGGACUUUUGUAGUCAGGAAGCGCUUUCCUAGUUUUUCUCUGGUUUGUAGUGAGCAAGUUGUGCUUGGAGUUGAAUGUUUGUUGAAAUUAUCAUCAUUUUGGGGGGAAAUUAUUGUCAUUUGUUUAAACCAAAAUACAUUUCUUAAUUUGUGUUUAAUGAUUAAACGCUAUUUAACGUGUAUUUAUUGUCUGGUAAACACACAGUAUUCAUUGAUCAAAUCUGGUCUAACAGAUAACUGCUACUACCAAAAUUGGAACUUUAUACUCAAAGUUAUUCUGGUUAAAACAUCCACAAACUAUGUUUAAAAAAAGUAAUCUAUAGUGCCAUUUUUACUAAGAAUAAUUAAACAUUUUAAAUCUAACUGGCUGUGAAAUUACUUGAAAGCCUGAUGUCCUCUUUCCCUGGCUUGUGUUCAUUUCUUCUGUUGGUGGUGACUAAUUUAGAACUUGCAGAUUUGAGCUGCCUGAAUUGGCUAGACAGCUGUAAUCGCACUCCUCCUAGUCUUAAUCUCUUUAUCUGGGCAGCAGCUGCCAUAUGGCCCCAGUCAGCUGGAUCAGAUGUUUGUAAGCCUCCUUCUCCGUCCCUCUCUGUCCUGACAGACCCCUAAUUUGAUCGCUGCUACCUUGUUAUGAAGACAGCAUGGAGUUCCCAGACCACAGCAGACAUUUGCUAGAGUGUCUGAGCGAGCAGAGGCAUCAGGGUUUCCUUUGUGAUUCCACUGUUCUGGUCGGCGAUGCCCAGUUCCGAGCCCAUCGAGCAGUGCUGGCUUCAUGCAGCAUGUACUUCCAUCUCUUUUACAAGGACCAGCUCGACAAAAGGGACAUUGUUCAUCUGAACAGCGACAUUGUUACAGCCCCGGCGUUUGCUCUCCUGCUGGAGUUCAUGUACGAGGGUAAGCUCCAGUUCAAAGCCCUGCCCGUGGAGGAUGUUCUGGCUGCUGCCAGCUUCCUCCACAUGUACGACAUUGUCAAGGUCUGCAAGAAGAAGCUGAAGCACAAAGCCACUGCGGAGGCAGACAGCACCAAGAAAGAGGAGGAUGCUUCCAGCUGCUCUGACAAAGUAGAGAGCUUCUCCGAGGGCAGCACGGGCCACCCAGCCACAGCUGACCUAUUGCCCAGUGACGAUGAGGACCUGGAGGCCAAACAGGACCCCAGCAGCCUGUGGAUGAGGCUACCCUCCGACCAGGCGUGCACCCCGGCCACUGCCACCAGCCCAGGGGAGGCUGACGCCCAUGGCAGUCCCCCCAAGCUGCAGUCCCCUGCCGGCAGCCCCAGCAGCUCUAUAGGCUCCCUGUCCCGGAGGUCCGUGGGCUCCCGUGGCUCCCGCAGAGUGUCGUCGGAUGCAGACUGUGUCCUGGACUUGUCUGUGAAGUCCAGCCUGACGGGGCCCGGCGAGGCCUUGUCCAAUAACCCCUACUUCUGUGGUGUGGUGACGCCUGAUAGCCUGAAGGGCACCCUGGUCCAGGUGAAGCAAGAGAAGAACACUGGCUCAGACGAUGAGGACCUGGUGAGCGGCGACUAUGAGAUGGACCACAGCGGGCCAAAAGCCACCCCUCCCAGAACCAACGGAGGUGUGAACCACCACGUGGUCAGCAGCCAUGCUCACAGACGCCUGGAGGCCCACCUCUCAGGCCUGCGUGACGCCUCCCUGGCCAGCGAGCUGGAGCAUGGCGACAAGGUCAGCGAUGAUGACAUGCUGGGGGGAGAGAGUGAGCGGGCCCAGGUCGAGGCGGCCAGCAUCGACAGCGCCCUGCUGCCCUACGUGUCCAACAUGCUGAACGCCCCCCACACUCAGAUCUUCAUGUGCCCGCUGUGCAACAAGGUGUUUCCCAGCCCGCACAUCCUCCAGAUCCACCUCAGCACACACUUUCGUGAGCAGGAAGGCGUGCGCGCCAAGCCCGCCAGCGACGUCAACGUGCCCACCUGCUCCAUCUGCGGCAAGACAUUCUCCUGCAUGUACACCCUGAAGCGCCACGAGCGGACUCACUCUGGAGAGAAGCCGUACACGUGCACCACGUGCGGUAAGAGCUUCCAGUACUCCCACAACCUGAGCCGGCACGCCGUGGUGCACACCCGAGAGAAGCCGCAUGCCUGCAAGUGGUGCGAGCGGCGCUUCACCCAGUCCGGGGACCUGUACCGCCACAUCCGCAAGUUCCACUGCGAACUGGUCAACUCGCUCUCAGUCAAGAGCGAAGGCCUCAACCUCCCCACCCUCCACAGGGACUGGACCAUAGAGGAUAGUUCUCAAGAACUGUGGAAGUGAACCCUGCUGAAAUAAUCAGGACUUCUUUGUUUUUAAGCUAAAUGAGAGAGGUAAGGUGAGUUGGAGCAUGGGUUGUGGGUAGGAGAGGGGUCUGAAUCAGUCAUGUUUCUUGUACGUACAUUGCAAAAUCUUGUUAAAUGGCACUUUAAUAGGACAUGAACAUGUUACUACUGUUUUCCUUUGUUCUGUUCUAUUCUAUUUGUUCAGAUUUAGUUCAAUAUAAAACAUGGCCACUGGUAUCAGUAGCCAGUGUUUUGUCAUCUUCUUGUGUAUAGAUACACUCCUUAAUCUAAGGCACACCUUCAACGACAACCAUAUGAAGUGUUCAGGUAACACACGGACGUUAAAGACUAUUAGAAUCCACUAAACGGGUACUGUAAUUAUCAAUUUAUACCAGUACACAUGUGUGUGUGUAUUAAUAUGUGUGUAUAUAGUGCACUAUAUUUUUAUUAUCACAUUUCAUUGGUGUGUGUGCGUUUGCGUGUGUGUUUAAGGAAACUGUGCAAAGAGGUCUGCUCUAACAAGCUUCUGCUCCUUAAGCUCUUGACUGAUGAAAGACAUAUGGCACUCAUGCAAUGUACAGCUUCCUUUUUCACAUGAAUUGAAGUAUUUUCAAAAAUUCUUUAUGAAUGAUUAUUAUACAAUUUCUUAAAUCUAUCUGCAGCCUUUAAACAUCCCUUUAAUUUAAGUUGGCUGUAUCCUAUAGGUUUCCAUAGUGAUUAUGGAUGUAUUUUUGGAAAAUGGGAUCUGUUAUUGCAUGAAGUCCAACCUGUAUAUUUGAAAUGUGAAUUACUGUAUAACUGUACACUGUAAUUGAGCAAAUAUAGAACAGACUAUGUGAAUAUCCAAGGGUGCAGUCGGUUAAAAAAUCCGGAAUAUUACAGAAUGAAUAUGAUUUAUCUUACCUUUUCUUGUUGUUGUAGUUUUUUUUGUGUGUUUUUUUUUUGGGGGGGGGAAUGUAUUCUAAAUUAACUUAUUUCAUUCUUAAGUAGUUUAUUUAUUUUCUCUGCUCCUUUUGAGAGUCCGUCGGGACUCCUUUGAAAUGUUAUUCUGGGCUGUGAAGAUUCUGUGUCAAUGCACUGGUCUGGGGUUUGGGUUUGUGUAGCGGUAUGUGAGGUGAAGCUUGUCGUCAGACAGACAGAGGUGGCAGUGUGGGCUGAAUGCCAGUAGUGACCUAACUAACUAAUCUACUGAAGAUCUCCACUACUGUGUUUGCCUCCCGCCCACGCAGCACUUCAUCACAGUCUACUCUGCUGCAUGCUGGUCAGGGAGUUAAGGUUCCCAACUACUGUAGCUAUCCAGUUAACGUUCUGCUUUCUCAUCGACAUUAAGUAAGCGUUUUGGGUAAUUUAUUAAUAUUUUCAUUUGGCACUUGUUUCUAACUGUGCGGCCAAUGAGAAUGUGUCGCACUGAUCUAUGAGAGAGAGAGAUGCUCACCUGCUCAUGCCUGAGUACUCCCAAAGGUUAUUUCUGUUUCAAUAGUAAAGCCUGAGUACUCCUGAAGGUUCUUUGUUUCAAUGGUAAAGCCUGAGUACUCCUGAAGGUUCUUUGUUUCAAUGGUAAAGCCUGAGUACUUCUGAAGGUUAUUUCUGUUUUAAAUGGUAAAGCCUGAGUACUCCUGAAGGUUCUUUCUGUUUCAAUGGUAAAGCCUGAGUACUCCUGAAGGUAAAAGCUGAAGAAUCGGAGAGCAGCACUACACUCCUAAUUUGCAUGUCUAUGUGUAUCUGUUUGAGUCCUCCUAUGUACUGUAUGUACGCACGCCUGUUUUGUACUGAAAGCAUAAUCCUUACUUUUGAAGGGGGAGAAUGGGCAUGCUUGAUUGCACCAUUAAAGCUUAUUUAACAGAUUUAUGCUGAAAAGAUGCCUUUAUGAAAAUUAGUUAUAAAUUAUAGAUUCAAGAAAUCAUGGAUACUAUUACAUUCAAGAGGAGAUGUAUUUAAUCAUGAAAUUAUUGAAUUAACCUUAACAUUAUAAUUUCUCAUUUUUAUACAAUUUGAACUGUUCUUUAUUUCCAUAUUUUAUUUAGGAUUUUUCAAAUGUUCACAUUUUUAUGAAUGUGAACAUUCUGAGAAAAAUGCUGCACUCAAAAAACAUUUGUGCACAAAAAUCAUGGAAUCAAUCAAACAAAAGCAAAACUUGAACUCUACCCAAACUCAGUUGUUAGUAUGUAGGGUUAUGAAUGUCUGCACUUGUGGGGAGAUACUGGCAUGCCUGGCCUGGGGGUUUGGCUUGCUCUUCAGUGGACGUGGUAGCAUCAGCUGGUGACAUAGGUGCUCCUUGCCAACCAUAUACACUUGUCAUGGCAUUUUGCACAGUGGUAAUUGAUCUCUUUGCAUCCAUGGAAAAUAUAUCAUAUGUGGGUUAGCGCUCUGUUUGAAGACUUAUUUACAAUUAUUGCUGACUUUUCUUAUUGUACUUGACCGCCUUAAAACUACUGUAAACAGCUUGUUUUUUUUUCACGUUAUCACUGGAACACUGAAAGUGUGUGUAACUGGACUGUUUAUUGACCAUUUUUAAAUAGAAAGGAAGCUGUGAAAUGACCCAAUAAGCAUCUCCAUUUACAUCAAUUCAACUUUGGUUACUUGAAAACAGUAAAGGUCCAAUGGGGGAAAAACGUUCAAAUGUAGGUGAAGAGAGGGGAAAUAGAAAGAAAUCGGUUAAAAAGGACAAUCACUGUAUGAAAAAGAAGCAGAUUUUGAUUCAAAUAUAUUUGCUUCCCUGUGAGAUUUUGUUUCUUUUUCUGGAUUUAGACAUUUAGCUUUGACAAUCAUAGUAUGUUUUUAUUUUUUCUCAAGGGGAGUAAAUUCUAAGGCUGUUUAGUUUUGUACUUUUUUGGUGUGCUGUUGUUGACAUUUUUAAAUUGUGUGCAAACUGCAAUAAAUUAUAAGAACCUUGAAACUCAA